AUGAAGUUCACUCGAUGUGGUAUUCAUGGGUUUCAUGAGGUGCUUGGCAUCGAUACUGAUGAAAUAAGAGUAUACUGGGCGUUGGACAGCGAUGUCAAAAAUGAAUCCCAGAUUGCCUACCGGGUAGUACUUAGCACAAGCACAGAUGCUUUGAUGUUCGAGAAUCAAGAUCACAGCAGCGUGGAGUGGGAUUCUGGAUACAUCGAGAGCAAGGAACAGAGAAACAUUCUUUGUAAGCCUCGAGAUGGCUUCAAGUCUACUUGCAGUUACUUUUGGAAGGUCACUGUUUGGAAUCAAAUCAAAAACCCCCACCACAGCACAGUUCAGUAUUUCUUCACUGGCUAUCCCAAGUCUCGGCUGUUACCCCCUUAUAGCAUGAAUCAAACCUACAUGCCACACUCAAGCCUGAUUUUUCGUACCUGGUUUGAAGAUGAAGCAAAUCGAUGGAAGGCUGUUUGGAUUGGUGAUGGAGGUGAUAAACCGAUAUACCUCAGAAAGUCAUUUGAAUUGUCGCGAGCACCAAGCCGCGCAAUUCUAUUUGCAUCCGGUCUGGGGCACUUUAAUAUGAGUGUGAAUGGCCACGCUGCGUCAAAUCACCGUCUCGACCCUGGGUGGACCAAUUAUCAUAGACGGGUCCAAUUCACAUCUUACGAUGUGACCGAUCGCCUGACGAUGGGGGAGAACGUGCUAGGUGCACAUGUGGGCAAUGGGUUUUAUGCGGGCGAUAAAGGAGAAGGUCGUUUCUUUUGGCCAAUGUAUGAAGACAACACUUAUGUUCGCUAUGGCAAUGAGCUCUGCUUCUUUUGUGAACUGCACCUUUUUUACAAGGAUGGUACUCAUAGCACCCUCAUCUCCGACCCUUCCUGGCGUGUAUGGAAGAGUGCAACAACUCUAGCGAACAUAUAUGCCUCCGAAACACAUGAUCGUCGACUGUACCCAAGAGCUUGGGAUUCCAUUGGAUUUGAUGAUGCCGAAUGGCCGCUAGCCAAGCCCUUGACUGGCCCGCGGGGCCAAAUUUAUUAUCAAACACAGCCGCCAGUCGUGCUUCAUGACACGUUCGAGCCUGUGGAGAGACGCAGCCCUCGACCUGGAACCGUAUGCUUUGAUUUAGGUCAAAAUGCAUCAACGAUGGUAAAGAUUGUUGUUGAAGGGAUCGCGGGGUCCGAAGUGAUCAUUCGCUAUUCCGAGACCGUGAAAGAGGACGGCACAGUUUUCAUGCCUGAUCCUCUUUUCAAGGAGUUUGAAACCGGCGUUUUUUCCAGAUUAUAUCUCGCGGGCACAGGCAAUCUUGAGACUUGGGAGCCAGACUUCAGUUUCACAAGUGCUCGAUACAUUCAGAUAGAAGGAGUUUCUCUUGACGGCAAAGAUGGUCUCCCCGUCAUUCAUUCUGUUGUGGGUCGUCAUAUUUCUUCUGCAGCUAGAAAACUUGGCUCCAUGACGACCGACAAAGAAGACGUCAAUUCUCUUCUCAACGCACUCUACUGGACCUUCAGCAGUAAUCUUUUCAGUUACCAUACUGACUGCCCUCAAAUCGAGAAGUUUGGCUGGCUAGAAGUCACUCACUUGCUGGCACCAGCAACUCAGUAUAUCCGAGACAUGGAAUCGCUAUAUACAAAAAUUUUGGACGACAUUCUAGAUGCCCAAGAGCCUAGUGGACUUGUACCCACUAUGGCUCCCGAGAUUAGAUAUAUGUGUGGCCCCCUCCAUGACACUAUCACUUGGGGCUGUGCUUUGUGUCUUCUUCCUGACAUUCUCCGUCGGUUUUAUGGUUCUACCCAUGUAAUAGCUAAGGUAUAUCCAGCCGCCGUGCGUUAUAUGGAGUAUAUGCGCACUAAAGAACGCAAGGGUGGUCUCAUUGAACAUGGCCUGGGAGACUGGGGCCGUGACAUUGCCUUUGGUAAUCACCAAGCGAACAUUGAGACUGCUGUUUACUAUCAGUGCCUUCAAUGUGUGGAGAUGAUGGCCUGGGAGCUUGGCAAGAUUGAGGAAGCAGACAAAUUUAAACAAUGGGCUGCACGUAUUUACAAGGUCUAUAACAACCACCUUCUCGUCACAGAUGAUCAUUCACGCCCAAGUGCCUACUACACAUCUCUGGAUAACUUUCCUGAGCGCGACCGCACUGCUAUUGCUCAAGCAAUGGCUCUCCAGCUGGGAUUGGUCCCCCCUGAAUACACGAAAGAUAUCAUGGCUGCGUUUAUCGAUGACGUCUCGGACGGCAAGAUCCGAGCUGGUGAGAUCGGAUUACGAUUUCUUUUCAACACACUUGCGGACGCAGAAAGACCUGAUUUGGUCCUCCAAAUGGCCAGACAGGAAGAACACCCCUCGUAUAUGCGAUUUCUUCGUCGUGGAGAAACAACCCUCCUUGAGUUCUGGCAGGAUGAAUGCCGGAGCAAAUGCCAUGACAUGCUUGGUACAAUUUACGAAUGGUUUUACGUGGCUGUUCUGGGCUUGAAGCCUACCAAAGAUGGCUAUAGGUCUUUUGCGGUUGACCCUCCUUAUGAGGCUGAAUUUGGGUAUGUCAAGGGUCAAGUGGACUCUCCUUACGGCCUCAUUGAGAUCGAAUUCCAGCGGAAGGAGCCAAAGACAGUAAAUUUGCUGCUUCGGGUUCCCUUUGGAACAACUGCAAUGGUCAAGCUACCUACCACUAUGCAAGAGGUCGAAGUUGUGUCUGAUGGACAGUUACAAAAAACGAGGGAAAAGAAUGAUCUUCCGCUUAGCCACGGUUUAUACACUAUCGUGAUCAAAUCUUAA